UCGAACCAGAGACCUUCUUGCUGUGAGGCCACAGCACUACCUACUGAGCCACUGCGUCGCCACCUUCGGAAUAUUAUAGUAGUGUAUUUAAUUGUAAUUAUUUACUUUAUCAAACUAUAUUAAUGGUGUGUGUGUCCUAAUUUAUUAACGGAUGCACAUUGUGGGCACCAGAGGCAUGUUAGAGAAUCUGUGCAACACUGAAUACACAAUAAUAUAUUAAGUUAUUGUAUUGUUGUUGUCUUAUUUAUUCUUUGUAUUUGAUGAUCCUGUUUCAGAAAUAUUGAUUAAAUCAACAUGAAUACAGAGGGUACUCACUCACCAUCUCAAUCAGUUCUGAACUAUUGAAGGGUUUUAUUUUUAUCCAGCAAUAGUGAGGUUACACAGACAUGUGCCAGAUUUUGUGAAUGUUUUAUACAACAUUUGUAUUAGCAAACAUAUAUCACAUUGUUUCUGUGGGUUUUUACCUCAUUUCUUCAGAGAUAGUUACUGUCAGAGCCCUGCAUUAGUGACCGUAAUGUCUUAUUUAUCUUAUAUUGUUUUUGCUGUGUUCUUGCUGGCUGAUCUGCUGCCACCUAUAGGCCAUUCUAGCCACUGCACUGCAGGAGAGUCGAUCACAGCUGAAGCCAAUCAGCUAGAGGCCUGCAGUGUGUACAGACAGCGUUCAAACGCUACUUUGGAGGACAUUGAGCAAACUUUGUAAAGCAGUUUGAUGUGGAACAUGUUUUGGAAGCAAGAAUGAAAUUCAAGCAAGUGUCCUGUGUCUAAAAACAAGACUGGAGCAGGGAAUUCAGCAGCAAUUCUCAGUUACAGUAACAGCGGAUGGUGAUUUGGAGGAGGGGGGUUCCAGUCUAAAAGAGUCCCCUCAUGGAUCAUCACUACAGCGCAGUGUCUAUGAAGAUGGUGAAGCAGAGCCAGAAAAGAGAGAGAGCAUCAUCAUCAUCAUCAUCAUCAUCAUCAUCAUCAACACUGCAGAGGAAUCCCCCAGCCUGACUGAAGCGCUGCUGCUGCUGGCUCACACUUUAUACCUGAGGCGGCUCUGAGGGGCGUGUCCCUGUGAUGUCAUCGGCUGUUCACGUAUAAGGAGCGCUGAGUGACCGGAACUAUGGCUCCUCCGGUGGAGACAGUGAUGUAAUGCUUCAUCUUCAUCUUCAUCUCCAGCUCAAGACUUUCAUUUUCCUGGAGGCUUUUUUAAAGGAGCAGCAGGGCUCUGAGGAUUGGUGUUGAAUGUGAACGGCUGGAUCUUCAGUUGGGAAUGUCGUGGGUUUGGAAAUGUGUCCCAGCACUGAUUAUCCUGGUGUUUUCACACGCUGCCAAGGACGAUGAUGUUCGAGCAGGCUGCAGCACUGCGGUUAAUGAUCUGGUCUACAUCAUGGACGGCUCCUGGAGCGUCGGCGACGUGGACUUCGAAACUGCCAAACGCUGGCUAAUCAAUGUCACCAGCGGUUUCGAUGUCAGCUCGCACUAUUCUCAAGUGGGCGUCGUUCAAUACAGCGACACCCCCAGACUGGAGAUCCCCUUGGGUCAACACAAAACAACCCAACAGCUGAUUGAAGCCAUCGAGAAGAUCAGCUAUUUAGGAGGAAACACACAAACCGGACGCGCUAUAAAGUUCGCCGUGGACCACGUUUUCCCAUCUUCACGCAGAAACGAUGUGAAGAACCGCAUCGCUGUGGUGGUGACGGAUGGAAAGUCGCAGGAUGACGUUACAGAUGCGAGUCUGGAUGCCAGGACACAGGGGAUUACAGUGUUCGCGGUGGGCGUGGGCUCAGAGAUCACCAAUUCUGAACUGGUGACCAUCGCCAACACGCCGGCGGGAGAUUACGUGCUUUUCGCUGAAGAUUACACCAACAUCGAGCGGAUUCGAGAUGCCAUGGAGCAGAAGCUGUGCGAGGAAUCGGUGUGUCCGACACGCAUCCCUGUGGCGUCCCGGGACGAGAAAGGUUUCGAACUGAUUCUGGGCAUGAAGAUCCAUCAGAAAGCCAAGAAGAUCCAGGGCUCACUGGUGUCAGAGGGGGCGUAUCUGCUGGACAAGACCACCGACAUCACUGAAAACACAAGGGACAUUUUUCCGGAAGGUCUUCCUCCGUCGUAUGUGUUUGUGUCGACACUUCGUCUGAAAGGCUCUUCGAGUACGGAGAGUUUUGACCUGUGGAGGGUGAAGUCUAAAGAUGGGCAGAUCCAGGCGGCGGUCACGCUCAGCGGACUGCAGAAAUACAUCAGCUUCACCACCACUAACACCUUUAAUCAGGAGCAGACCGUCGUUUUUGAUGCGCCAGGCAUUGAGGCUGUGUUUGACGGCAGCUGGCACCAGCUGAAGGUUUUGGUGAAGCCCAGACAGGUGAUCUGUUACCUGGAUGAUCAGGAGAUCCAGGAUGAGCCUCUGGAUCCAGUCGUGCCCAUAUUCAUCAAUGGGAAAACACAGAUCUCCAAACGCUCUGGAUCUGAUGCUUCAGUUCCUACGGAGAUUCAGAAACUGAGGCUUUACUGCGACCCACAACAAAGCGAGCGAGAGACGGCGUGUGAAAUCUACUCUGUGGAUGAUGAACGGUGUCCUCUAGACCGCGAGCCCACCUUUGAAGAAGAAUGUGAUUGUGAUGAAACCCAGCCGGGACCUCCAGGACCCCCGGGACCUCCAGGAGCACGGGGUUUUCGAGGAGAGAAAGGAAGGGAAGGACCCCCGGGCCCAGAUGGUAAGCCUGGACCCCCGGGGUUGAGAGGAGAGCCAGGUUAUGUAGGUCCACCAGGGCCGAAGGGUGACGUGGGUCUAUCAGGGCCGAGAGGUGAUCCAGGACUGCAGGGUUUCAAAGGCGAUCAGGGAGAUCAAGGGCUGCCUGGGAGACCAGGGCCGCCGGGGCCGAUGGGAGCAUCAAAGCCGAGCAUUGGUAUAGCUGGACUACCAGGAGAAAAGGGAGCGCAGGGGGGAAAAGGAGAACAAGGACCUCCUGGAAAGCCUGGUCUAAUGGGGGUCCCGGGCAUCCCAGGGAAUGAAGGACCUCCUGGACCUGCUGGAGCACAGGGAGAGAAAGGAGAUGACGGACCCCCCGGUGCUGCUGGACCUCAGGGGCCUCCUGGCAUUCGUGGACUUUCAGGUGAAGCAGGAGCGACCGGAGAGCAGGGUGCACGAGGAGCUCCAGGACCGAAAGGCUCCCCGGGACCAAGAGGAGCUCAGGGGGCGCAGGGGCCUUCAGGGACCCCUGGAGCAGACGGAGCUCGCGGCCCCAAGGGCAGUGCAGGAGAGACGGGGGGCGCAGGUGCUCCUGGAGCUGCGGGUCAGAAGGGCCAGCAGGGAGAGUCGGGAUUCCCAGGAGCUCAGGGAGCCACAGGCCUUCCUGGAUUUAAAGGACACAAGGGUGAGAGAGGAGAGUCGGGACCCAGAGGCGCUCAGGGGGAGAAGGGCACCAAAGGUUUCCCUGGAUUGCCGGGAUUUACAGGUGAAACGGGACCCAGAGGCAUUAAAGGAGAGAGAGGCUCGCCUGGUGACCCUGGGCUCAAAGGUCCAGACGGGCAGAAGGGGGACAUGGGGCACAUUGGUGUUGUCGGACCGCGUGGAUUCCCAGGUCAAGACGGUUUACCAGGACAACCAGGCAAUCCAGGCUUUCCAGGAAAACCUGGGAAGCCUCCGUCAGACGAGUACUUCAUAAAACUCUGCAGGGACGUUCUGAGAAACCAGCUCCCACAGCUCCUGCAGACCAUGAGCUCUCAGCGCUGUGAACCCUGCGAGACCAUUAAAGGACCCCCGGGACACCCUGGAGCUCCGGGUCCUAAAGGCUCCAUAGGGUCUCCUGGGUAUCCCGGCAGACACGGUGCUCAGGGCUACCCUGGGCCUCCAGGAGUGCAGGGGCCACCAGGAGUCAAAGGGGACACAGGCAUACAGGGAUUCAAGGGCAAAAAAGGAGAGAGCCGACCAGGAUACCCAGGACCUCCCGGAGACACGGGCAUCCAGGGUCCUCGCGGCAGUGAUGGCAUUGGUUUUCCGGGUCCUCCGGGAAUACCGGGUAAAUCUGGGUCUCCGGGCAUCCCAGGAAAGCAGGGUCCUCCAGGGCAGGCCGGUGUGUGUGACAUGUCCAUCUGCUACCAAUCCUAUAACCUCAGGGAGGAACGCUACAGUAAAGGGCCAGAUUUCUAACACACACACACACACACACACACACACACAGAGACAUGGGCUCAGUGUUUGGACUGCCAGAAGCGCCAAAGAAAAUCCAGAGGAAUUCAUUGACAUGAUUUGGACGUUGUCUGAGCAUUGCUAUAGUACAAUGAAGCAUUAGUGGCUCUACUGAGAUAGAAAACAGCCACUGGAGGGACAUUUGAAGACCUGCGUUUCAAUGCAUUUACACUAUUAAUGCUACAAAUACGUGCAUUUGUGAAAUGACACUGCAGAUGGAUUGUCAUGAGCAUAGUAAUUUACUUUUAUAUUUAUCUCUGUUAUAUUUAACUCACAAAACUACUUCCGCACCAUCAUAUUGGAUGCAGUAAUAACUCAUUAGUUUGGUUCUAAUGAUAAUUAAGAACAACUGUCUCUUACUUGAGGGAUAUGCAUUUAGAUUAAUGGGGAGAGCUUUCUGUUAAUGUUUGUGUUGGGCACUAAUGUCUUUACAUUUAAUUUCUGCAGUACUUUUAAGACACAAUGGCCAUCAUCAUCGUUGAUUUAUUAGCUGUACCUUAAAUAACUGGCUUAGUUAAUAAUGUUUAUUUCAUAUUAUUUCCAUACUAGCAUAACUGCUCUGUUAUUUAAACAUCCUCACCCCAUUUUUUGUUAUCCCAAUAAUGAAAGGAACAGAUUUAUAUCUACAGUAUUUAUUCCAUGUUGUAUGUGUUCAGGAGCUCUUUUCUUGUUUGGAAAUAUUCAGACAGUGUAGUGUACAUGAUAGAAAUAUGACAUAUGUGAUUAUUAUGAAGCCACGCAAAUUGGUUGUUCCCUUUUCUUUUCAGCGACAUGUUUAAUGAAGAGAGAACAGUAUUACAAAAUCUGAAAUGCUGAAUAAUAUUAUAACAUGUAGUUUUAUUCAGUCGGUGUAAAGAAAAUAUAGUUUGAAGCUCUGUAAAUCAUAACUAAGUGAUGUCAAACACCAGAGUACAAUAUUAUUUUCUACAUAAAGCUGUGUUGAUUCUGGGAGAUUGUUGAUUGCUGUAAGUCUAAUUUAUCUUUUGUUUUCUAAGAAUAAGUUUACCUAAUAAAGCCUUGCUGGUUUCAUCAUG